AAAAACCAAAUCCCCAAGAAUCCCGAAGCUUAUAUGAAUCUCAGCCAGAUGAUUUCUUACUGGAACUACCCCAAUGAACAAUAUGACAUCGUGACCAAAGAUGGUUAUAUUCUGGACCUUUACAGGAUUCCUCAUGGGAAAGGCUAUUCGGGGGGAACAGAUCCUGGUCGUCCUGUCGUGUAUUUGCAACAUGGUUUGCUUGCAACUGCUUUUAACUGGAUUGCCAACCUGCCCUACAACAGUCUGGCCUAUAUCCUGGCAGAUGCUGGUUUUGACGUGUGGUUGGGGAACAGCCGGGGAAACACCUGGUCUCAGAGACAUGUGUCCUUGUCUCCAAACUCCAAAGAGUUCUGGGCUUUCAGUUUUGAUGAAAUGGCUAAGUAUGAUCUCCCUGCCACCAUUGAUUUCAUUGUGAAGAAAACUGGGCAGGAGCAACUGUAUUACGUGGGCCAUUCCCAGGGUACCACCAUUGGUUUCAUAUUAUUCUCCAUCAAUCCAAAGUUGGCUCAAAGAAUCAAGAUGUUUUUUGGCUUGGGUCCAGUUGUGUCACUGAAGCGGAGUAAAAACCCUCCCACAAAAAUUUACCCCUUCUUGGAGGCCGUAUUGAAGAGUCGCUUGGAUGUCUUCAUUUCCAAUAUUCCUGCAGGAACAUCUAUCCAGAACAUUGUCCACUGGGGACAGAUUGUUACAUCUGGGCGCUUGCAAGCAUUUGAUUGGAAAAAUCCAGCCCUGAACAUGAAGCACUAUAAUCAGGUCACUCCUCCUGUGUACAACGUGACACUGAUGAGGAUACCGACUGCCUUAUGGAGCGGGGGAAAAGAUGUGAUGGCCGACCCCACAGAUGUGGACAGUUUGCUCCCUAUUUUGUCAAACCUCAUUUAUCAUAAGAGGAUUCCCUACUACACUCACAUGGACUUAUGCAUUGGAGUGGAUUCACAUCUGCAAAUUUUCUAUGAAAUACUUGACAUGAUAAAGAAAAACAUGCAAACUUAA